CUUAAGAACUUCAUGGAUUAUAGGAUCUUCAACAUACAGUGUGUCAACACAAGUUUGUUGCAACAAAUUUCUAUCAGUCUUUAAAGUCAAUUCUCGGAAAGUAAUUAUUAGUAAUGGCAUCUAAUACAAAUCAUGAUGAUCAUAUAGGGGAACCAACUAAACAACGUGGAGUUUUGAAAAAAGGAGUAAGGAUUGAUUGUAAUGGAGAAAAUGUUCCUGAAACCAUUAAAAACAGCACCUAUCUCAAUGUACCUGAUGUUAUAUCAAGAGCCCGGGGUAAUCUAAAAUUACCUGAUUCUAAAGAGCCUGAUAUUAUUAGUUCCAGUUCAUGCUCAAGUGAAAAUUCCACAUCCAGAAAAGCUGGUAGCAGCAAUCUUUCAGUUAGCUCUUUCAGUAGCAGCUCCUGUAGCAGUGAUAGACCUGCACACUUAAACAGCUAUCAAAAAAAUUUAAGUUCUAGUUCUGAUAUUGAUGAGAAUAAAAACCUUAGGCUUAUAAAAAUUACAAAGCCUUUAGUUAGUCAAAGCAGCACAGGUGACAAUGAGGUUUUUGAAUACUUUCCUAUGAAUAGACAUGGCCAAAUGGAUCUAAUCAGUUUAGCAGAGGAAGAGAAAACCCUACCUGUUUCAAAUUGUGGUAGUGUGUUAGGUGCAUUCUCUGAAAAAAUGUACCCAAAAAUAACAAGUGAAGAAUGGAGGAAAAAUAACCCUGAUGAGUUGAAUGAAGAUAAUCAGAAAAAUAUGAAUGAGCUAAAGUUAGUAGAUGUAGAAAAUGACUAUAAGCCUAAACAUAAAAUCAGUUCUGGACUUCCGUUGAACAAUGCCACUGGAGCAGUAAGCAGAGAGAGAACUAUUGCACCACAUGUCUCUGACCCUCUUUCAUCCAGUAGCUUACAAUCUUCCCUAAAGUUUGCCUCUAGCAAGAGUGAACUUCAAACAUUUCCUCCACUAGUUUUAUCAAACAACAAUUUUGGGCAAAGCUCAACAAAUAUCUCAUAUCUAAGAAGCUCAAAUGGCCCUAAGUACAAUUGCAACUCAAGCCAGUCAACCAGCAGCUUCUAUGUUGCUUCAAGUGUUGAACAUAGGCUUCAACAGCAGCAAGAAACAAAUCUUGGUUAUCUGCUUCUACAUCCAAGUUCAUCAUUAGGAUCAAGUUGUUCACAGGAAAUUAGAAGUUCUUUCUUGAAUCUUAACAUUCAGGACCAUAGUCAAAAUCAUCUUUUCCCAAAAAACACUGAAUCCAUAUUUGAGGAUUCACAGUCUUAUAGUGUGUGCAGCUGUUUACAAAGCACAUGCCUUUUACACCAGUUUGAAAUGACUGCUCGCUGUGAUGAAAAAGAGUGUGACAAUGUCAUUUGUCAUCAGAUUAAAAAAUCAAUUGAAAGUCUUCAAAGCCCAGAUUUACACAUGAAAGAUUUAAGCAUUGAUCAGAAAUCUUUGCUCCAAGAAAUACAUAAUCACCAUCAGCAUUGUUCUCUUCCCAAGUGCUCACUAAGGGGCUGUGACUUCUCUGUAAACAAUUCAUCGGAUACAACUGAUGUGCUGAGUUUAACUAAAAGAAAGUUGGAGAAUUAUGCUGAUUGUUAUUAUCUUCCUUCUGCAAACAAAAAUGACUUUUUGCAGUUUUUUCCCCAACCACCUAAAAAGGAAGUUUUAGAAGAGGGGGCAGAUUGGAGGAGAUUGUGCAUGCUGGGAAAUUCCAGUCGAGCUUUUCUGGCAACACCACUGCCAGCACCAAACACUCAAUACUGGGUCAUAAAAAAGGUUCCUUUUCCUGAAGAUGAAAAAGAAAGUUUGUGGGAGAUAUACUAUACACUAGGGAAGAUUGGACAUGAAAAUAUUGUUACAAUAUUAUGGGCAGCCAAGUUCAGUGACCAUUACCAGAUAUGUUCUGUCUAUGAAGGUCAUUCUUUAAGGGAAGCUCUUUUAGAGGUACAGCACAGACAUCUUGAUUCUUCAGUCAUCUGCUACAUAAUGUUGCAACUCAUGCUGGCUACAAAGUUCUUACAUGACAAUGGGAUACUUUUCCUCAAUUGGACAAGCAGUAACAUUAUCAGGACUGGAACAGAUGAAAGCUUUCAAGUCAAGCUCUGCAACUUUUCAUCUUCAGCCAUGGAGAGUUCUUAUGACUCAGGGUUUCUUCGUCUCACAUUACCUAUUCAAGUACAGGCCCCUGAGCUUUGUCUACAUAACAACAUUAAGCAAGCUAGUGAUGUCUGGGGUCUAGGAUGCCUUUUCUAUGAGCUGGUCACUGGUCACUUAGUGUGGCAUGAAGACAGACAUGAACCUAUUGAAAAGCUCUUACUCAAAAUGAAGACACGGUUCCAGCAUCCCCCAGUAGAAGCUGAACCAUCAUUUCACACAGAAAACCUAAACCCAAACGUUACAGAGAUUUUGACUAGUUGCUGGAAGGUUGAUCCAGAAGAAAGAAGUGAUUUGAAUGAAUUAGGGAUUAACAUAUUGGCGUACCACUUACAUUCUACACAAGUACAUAACUCCUUGCCAAGCUUACCUUCACUAUUCACUAAGUUUUUGAAGCCUAAGUAAUUAAAAUUGUUUCUGCUUUAGGCAUUUGAUGAGGUCUAUUAUAAAAAUGGUUACGAUCAUUUCCAAAGAUAUUGUAUGGUACAGUAUCUCUAAAAUUAAAUGUUACUGUUAAGUUUACACUUUUAACCAACUUUGGAAGCAGUUUUUGAUAAAAGUUGAUACUUCAACAUGUUUUAUUAAGCAUUUUUAAAAAACUUCUCUCAAGGGUCAUCCAUAAAAUGAUGUCAGGCUUUUUUGAUAAUCUCCCUUCCCAAGUGACCUCGCUUGUCAUUGUCCCCACCCUUUCUGAGAAUUUAAUUUUCUUUGUUUUAAUAAUUUACUAAAAUAUUAAUUGAAUUAUUUCCCUGUAAUUAAUGUAUAUAGUCAACAAAUAUUAAAAUAGUAAAACUAUUGUUAACAGGCUGCUAUUUUAGUUGAUUUUGUCUGAAGCAUUGCUAAUUGCUAACACUAAUUAUUGAAACAUUAUUGUUCAUUUUUACCAAAAAAACUAUAACAUAAAAGUGAAAUUACUGCUAAAAUUUAGAUUGAAAGAUGUACUUUUUAAAAUGACUUCAGACAUACUUGCUGUUCACCUUGACAAACAUGGUUGCAGUAGUCUGAACCCUCCCCUCCCAAUUGGGAGUGUGACAACCUCUUAACAUUUAUGGACAACUAAUCUUCAAUUUUCUCUAUAUAUUUUUUUGAAUAUCUCUUCCAGUGAUUAUUAAUAUUUUACAAAAAAAUUUAAGAUCAGUUUUAUUUUCAAAUGAGUUUUAUAAUAAUAAACAAUUGAAGUUUAAUCUGAUUUAGAAGUAAAUGUAUUUUUAUUGUAAAUAUUCCUUUGAUAUUAACUUCAUAUUUUUACUUGUACAAAUAUUAUAAUUUAUACCAACAACAUAAUUUGUUUCAUGUUGAAAGUUAUUACUUUUAUAUUUUAAUCAUGUUACAAAUCUAUGAGAACUAUAAGUAUUAUGAAAAUAUUUUGUCUAAAUUGCCUAUUGACUGCAAAAAUUAAAUGGGCAUCUAUUAAAUUCAUUGUAUCAUUUCUGCUAUUUGAUAUAUGAUACAGAAACUUUUAUGUGAUAUAAUCUGUUUAGAGUUAUUUUAAAGAUCUGUUUAUGCUGCUGUAGUGAAUGGAUGAUCAACCUUUGACCCCUGUGUCCAAACAGAAAAAAUUAUUCACUAGGCUACAGCCACCCAGUAUAAAUUUGUUCUCGGAAAUAUGUUUUAAAACAACAUUUGUAUAUAUGUAGAACUAGAAUAUUGUAUCUCUCAUACAUCAGCAAUAGUGGUAGAGUGCUAGCACACUGUAGAAUGUCCCCAAGUUCAACAAGCUAUGAUGUGUACCUAACUCACAUAACGUAAAGUAAAGGCAGCUUGGCAUAGUGCUGACCACACUAUUCCUUCAUAUGCCGAGGUCACAGAAACGGGUGAACUCUACUUCACUUGACCCAUGGACCGCCAGCUUUGAAAAGGGGAACCUUACUUAAUCACUACAUCAACAAAACCUAAUGAGCUUAUACAGCUAUAGAACAUAAGGUGUUUUUUCCAUUUACAGCUCUUAUUUGCAUUUACUAGUGAGUACUUAAAAACAUUACCUCUGUUACUUAAUGACUGACUAAAACUUUGUCCGCAAUUAUUUUCAUUAUGUCCAUUGCUGUCCAUACAUUCCAUUCCAUUAUCUGCCCUUCAGACCAUGGUACUUAUAUCUUUGCCUGUUAUACUUUGUUAUAAAACUUUUAUCUUUAUUUAUGUGAAUCUUUUAAUUUUGGUGGUGGUUCAGUUGAUAUUAUCUUUUAUUUUUUAUAAAUAGUCACUGGCUGGCUCAUGUAUAUGUUUAUUUGUUCGUAGUUUGUCCCAAUCAAGAAGAGGAAUGUGUUAGUAUAUGGAUACUGUUAGAAGUACAGUAGCAGACUUUUUUAACCUGAUCAAAGAAGGUUGUUAUGUAAAGAGACUAAAUGAUAAAAAUAUUUUAUUG